CGACCUCGACGGAGCUGCGUAACGCCUCCUGUGUCGUUUCCGGCCAUUAUCCGGGCCGCCGCUCGCCGGAAACGCACCGGCUCCUGGGCCGGAAGUCGGCUACUUCCGGUACGACUUCCGCGGGAAGUGGAGGCCAUCGACACGAUAUUCUCCUGGAGAAGGAUAUGAUACGACUGAUGGCGAGAGAAUCAACAUCGGCCGAAAACCUGGCCACCUCCACUCCCAACCAGUCACUGGUGGCGCCAUCUGGCGGAGCGACGGUGGCGCCGCCACACGGCACUCUGCGGAGACGCCGUCCGGUCCGCCGUAAACCCUCUGCGCUGUACGGCCCCCGGCCGGGCCGGCCCGAACCAGGAGAGAGGGUCUUCUGCGGGCCGGAGUUUGUCAUCAGGGCCCGCGAGAAACCGCGGAGGAUUGACCUGACUCAGAAGUCGUCGGUAUCCGGCUGUGUUCUGGUGAUCCUGCUCAACGGUCAGAAACUGGAGAUCGGCUGUCAGCCGGACACCCAUACUGUGGCGGACGUCACCAAGGCGGUGUUUGAAGAGGAGCCCUACCCCCACCCCUCCCUGCUCGGCCUGGCUGUGUCAGCCGACGGCGAGUUUCUGUUUCCACCGCCGGCCACCAGGCUCAAUAAGGCGCUAGUGUCGCCGGCCGGCAGCAGACAGCUGACGCUCUACCAGAGGUUCAAACUCUACCCUACCGCCGACACUCUGCCAAAGUCGGCGACGGGUCUGCACCUGCUGUACCUGCAGCUGCGGCAGAACCUGCUGGAGAACUCGCUGGACGUCAGCUCCAACCAGGUGGUGCAGCUCAGCUCCCUGGCGCUGCUGGCAGAGUUUGGCGAUAGGAGUGACAAGAGCUGCGCCGACUCAAUGAUGGAGGACAGCGGCGCGGCCUAUUUCCUGCCGGAACACUACCUUCCCGAGCCGCUGACGUCACAGGCCGAGCUGCUGCGCCAGCUGACGGAGGGUCACGUGACGUGUGGCUCGGAGCAGCCCGCGGCGGCCGGCCAGGCCGGCGGGCCGGCGGCGGCCGAGCGGCGCUUCGUCAGAGUGGCGGCCGGGUGCAGGGGAUAUGGAAGGCACCGCUGCUCUGUGGAUCUGCGUGUCAAGUCGUACAGCACGUCGACGCUUUCCAUCGACCCCAGCUGCCUGAGGCUGUCCCGGUGUGACCCCAGCGGCCGGUCCACGACCCGCACUCUGCACUGGUCCACCGUCUCCAAAAUCGAGUACAAACACCGCUCCCGGCGGCUGAUUGUGAACACGGCUGGAGCCGAGGCCAUGACAUUCUGCGGCGAAAAGGCCAAGCUGCGCUGUCUGGAGUACAUGCUACAGCAGCACCUCACCUCCUUUCGUGAGGGUCUUCACCUCACGGCCGGGUCGGGUCAACCUACACAGGUAUACCGGGCCAGAGCGGACCCCACGUCCCCUCAGCUAACUCACUACUGUGUGAGGACGCCUCUCUCCUCGCUGACCAAUCGCGCGGCGACACGUCACGCAGUGGCGGCCAAUCAGAAGGCGGCAUCGCCUGACCUGAAGGCGGCGCCUGUGUCAACGGCCAAUCAGAAGCCAGCACCGGCCGGGUCGACCAAUGGGAAAACACCAGCGGUGAGGACCAAUGAGAACGCGGGGUCGUCGCCGGAGCUGACCAAUCAGCUGGAGGAGAGCCCGGCGGCGGCCAAUAGGCGGCGGCGGAGCGCGGGAGGUCCGCUGCGUCAGCGCCAGGUGUCUCGUGGCGCCGCCAGGUGGCGCAGCGCCAGCCAGCUGGCGCCGGGCCGGCCGACGGCGGCGGCACGGGACGGCAGUCCGCCGGCUAAUGGCAUUCGCAUGGGGACGCGCGUGCCCGUCUCAGCGCUACAGAGACAAAAGCUGCGCAGCCGAGAGGCGCUGCCACAUCUCACCGACGGUGCCUACGUAAUCGCCGCGGAGGUGCCGGCCACCCCUGACCUGACGGCGCCCCGCGGGACUCGGCCCGUGGACGGCAGUACCGGAGACCUGAGACACACCGCCGGCGUGUUCAACAUCACGCUCCACCGGUGCCCCCGUACCGGCGACCUGGGUGUGCGGGUGGUGCGGGCCGCUGCUGCCGCUGACGGGGGGCUGCUCACGGUGGAGACGGUCACCGCGGCCGGGCCGGCCGGCACGCGAGCCCUCAUCGCAGGAGGUGACGUCAUCACGCACAUCUCGGGCUGUCCGCUGCGGCCGCUCUCCUACUCUGCCGCCGUGGACCGACUCCGUCGCGCCGUGGACCCCGUCACUCUCACCGUGAUCCGCCGCGGCGACGGUGGCGCCGCCUCGCGGACCGACAGUGGCGCCGCCUCGCGGACCGACAGUGGCGCCGCCAAGCGGCCGGCCGAUGAAGACGCGGGUGAUGGGGAUGAUGUGAGCCGCGGUUCGCUGGAGAAGCGCCUGUGUCGAGAUGGGCCCGGAAGGGAGAGUGUGAAUGAUUUGGUGAUUGGACGGCUGGCGCGACAGCUGAGUGGAGACUGCCUGGCCACGCCGGAGGGCAAACGGUGAACGUGGUCAGCGGAUAGGAAACAGGAAACGAGAGGAUAAAUGGUCACGGGGGAGCUGAGGAACAGCUGCUGCUGUCCACGCUGGGGUCAGUGUCUCAAUCGAACAAGGUUUAGCCCAGACAGCCCAGCCCAGUCCAGCCCAGCCCAGUCCAGCUCAGAUAGCCCAGACAAGACUCAGACCCAGAGAGAUUCUUUGGAGGGGUUGGAACAAGGAAUGAAUGGGUUUCAUAUGACAUUUUCAUCGAAGGACUUGUGGAGUUUUGGUGCCAGUAGGACCUCUGGUAUGAAUCCUCAAGAUUGGCGGGGCGGUGUCCGCUAGGGAAUAGUAUGUUCUCAACAGCCGUGCUUCUUGAGAACGGAGAUAGACUGCCUGAAGAUCGAUUAACGCUGGGUUUAGGCGGUUCCGUCACCCACUCUCGUCUACUAGGCUAUUUAUUUGGGCUAUUAUAACGAGCCAGUUGUGUGUCGAAGUGUGAAUCAGACUGAUUGGGAAUCAAUGAUGGCGAGGGCAUGAUGUGACAAAAUGACUGGGACAAACGUACGAAGAUGCGCCGCUGCUAAAUAGUGUGUUACAUUCCGGGCGAUGGCAUUUGAGCAGCACUUUCCUGCUUUGUGUGUGGCUGAUUUAUUUAACAUGAACGCCGUCUUUGCUCCGUUGGCUUGCUGAGGUAGCUGCCAAGUGCUGGAUGGAUGUGUUUUCUGUAAAUAUGACGAUUUUUGCUGAUGCUAAUUGCUAUGCGACAAAUGAUGACUACAUGAACCUAACUGAUCGUGGAUGCAGUGGUAUGUUUUUAGAGUGCGAUGUUUGAUUGACGAUUUAAGUAUUAUCGAGAUGGAUGGGUACUCUGUCGUUCCAAGUGGUGGUGUGUGCCAGUUUGGGAUUCGUUUGCUUCGCUUUGCUUUGUGCAUUGUAGUCUAGAUUAGCUCUUGUAACUGUCUUUAUUGCCAGUACUUUGGUUUUCAUGGCCUCAAUGUGACAUGAUAGAGUGACUAGCCGUAUAACUGUCUGCAGUAUUAUUAUUAUCAGGCUUCUUAGUAUCUGUCUCGUGUAAGCUUUCUAAUGCCUGCCUGUGAGAUUUGAGCAUUAAUCAAUGUUUCUUUGCCCCGCCAGUUGUAUGCCAGUUUAUGUUUUGUACACCAAAGAAUAAAUGGCUCGUCGCAGA